AUGUCGGGGGUCGGCGCCAAGCGGGGACCCCCCGAGCCCGGGGGGGGCCCCCCCGAGAAGAGACCCCCGAGGGAGGAGCAGCCCCCGACCACCCUGAUCGAGCCCCUGCGGCUGGGGGGCAUCUCCAGCACGGAGGAGAUGGACGUGAAGGUGCUGCAGUUCCGGAACAAGAAGCUGGCGGAGCGGCUGGAGCAGCGCCAGGUGUGCGAGGACGAGCUCCGCGAGCGCAUCGAGAAGCUGGAGAAGCGCCAGGCCACCGACGACGCCACCCUGCGCCUGGUCAACCGCUUCUGGGCGCAGCUGGACGCCGAGGUCCAGGCGCUGCUGCGCCGCUGCGAAGGCGACGGGGGGGGAGGGGCCGGGGGUGGGGGAGGGGCGGCCCCGCCCCCCGGGGACCCCCCCGGGGACCCCCCCGAGCCCCCCCCGAACCCCCCCGGGGACCCCGAGAGGAGAGAGGUGUGGGCGGGGCCCGAGGAGGGCGUGGCCGCCCCUCCCCCGCCCCGGCUGAGCUUCGCCCCCGAGGCCGUGGCCAGGCUGGGGGGGGCCCUGGGCCGGGCCCAGAGGGGGCUGCAGCACCUGGGGGGGCACCUGAGCGCCCGCCCGGAGGUGUCGGAGGCGGGCCGGGAGCUGCUGCGGGAGCUGCUGCGGGAGCACCGGCGGCUGCAGGAGCUGACCCAGAACCUGCACGAGAAGCACCAGAGGGAGGCGCUCGAGCUAGCUGAGCUGCAGGACAAGGCGGGCUGGGCGGAGACGAAGGUUCUGGAACUCGGCACCACCCUGGAGGGGCUGCAGUGGGACAGCGCCAAACUGCGCAAGCGCGAGGGGCGCCUCGACCGGCACCUGGCCGAGGCCCUGGAGCAGCUGACCUCGGGCUCGUACGGCUGCGGCAGCUCCGGCGGUUUCCAGGGGGGUCAGAUCACGCUCAGCGUGCAGAAGUUUGAGAUGCUGAACGCGGAGCUGGAGGGGAACCAGGAGCUGGCCAACUCCCGCAUGGCCGAGCUGGAGAAGCUGCAGCUGGAGCUGCAGGCGGCCGUCAGGGGCCAGGAGAGGCUCAAGGUGGCGCUGCGCUCGCUGCCCGAGGAGGCCGUCAAGGAGGCGCUGGAGUACAAAGUGCUGCAGUCGCAGUUCUCGCUGCUCUACCACGAGAGCCUGCAGGUCAAGACGCAGCUGGACGAGGCCCGGGCGCUGCUGCUGGCCACCAAGAACAGCCACCUGCGCCACAUCGAGCACAUGGAGAGUGAUGAGCUGGGGGUGCAGAAGCGGCUGCGCACGGAGGUGAUCCAGCUGGAGGACACGCUGGCCCAGGUGCGCAAGGAGUACGAGAUGCUGCGCAUCGAGUUCGAGCAGAACCUGGCGGCCAACGAGCAGGCGGGCCCCAUCAACCGGGAGAUGCGGCACCUGAUCAGCUCCCUGCAGAACCACAACCACCAGCUGAAGGGCGACGUGCAGCGCUACAAGCGCAAACUGCGCGAGGUGCAGGCCGAGAUCAACAAGCUCCGCCUCCAGGCCAGCGGAGCCCCGCCCCCACCCACCCAAGCCCCGCCCCCUCCCCCUCCCCCCUCCUCCACCUCUGGCCCCGCCCCCUCCUCAAGCUCCGCCCCUCCCCCUGACGAAACCCCGCCCCCUUCCCAAGCCCCGCCCCCUUCUGAGGAAAAAGAGGGCGUGGCCUCCUCAGGCCCCGCCCCCUCCCAAGACCCGCCCCCCAAACCCGCCCCUCCCCCACCCAAAGAGGAAGAGCCGCCCCCUCCCCGCCCGUUGGCCCCGCCCCCUCCCAGGCCACGCCCCGAGCGGGGGGCGGGGCGGGAGCGGCCCAAGGGCGGAGCCGAGGAGGGGAAGAAGAAGGACUCGGAGGUGCUGAAGCAGCUGAGGGCGGAGCUCAAGAAGGCGCAGGAGAACCAGAAGGAGAUGAAGCUGCUGCUGGACAUGUACAAAUCGGCGCCCAAAGAGCAGCGGGACAAAGUGACGCUCAUGGCAGCCGAGAGGAAGAGCAAGGCCGAGCUGGAGGAGCUGCGGGGGCGCUGGCGGGAGCUGGAGGAGCGCGAGCGCCGCGAGAACAAGAAGCUGGCGGACGAGGAGGCGCUGCGGCGGCUGCGGCUCAGCGAGGAGCAGAUCGAGCACCUGCAGCGGCGGCUGGCGGCCACCAAGCAGGAGGAGGAGGCGCUGCUGUCGGAGAUGGACGUGACGGGCCAGGCCUUCGAGGACAUGCAGGAGCAGAACCUGCGGCUGCUGCAGCAGCUGCGCGAGAAGGACGACGCCAACUUCAAACUGAUGUCGGAGCGCAUCAAAGCCAACCAGAUCCACAAACUGCUGCGCGAGGAGAAGGACGAGCUGGCCGAGCAGGUGCUGGCACUCAAGGCACAGGUGGAGGCGCAGCUGCAGGUGGUGCAGAAGCUGGAGGAGAAGGAGCGGGGGCUGCAGAGCGCGUUGGCCGCGGUGGAGAAGGAGCUGAGCCUGCGCUCGCAGGCGCUGGAGCUGCACAAGAGGAAGGCGGUGGAGGCGGCGCAGCUGGCAGAGGACCUGCGGGCGCAGGGGGAGCAGGUGCAUGCGCGGCUGCGGGAGCUGCAGCUCUGCGCCAGCGAGAACCGCGCGGCCAAGGACAAGGAGGCGCUGAGCCUGAAACGGGCACAGGAGGAGCUGUCGCGGCUGCGCCGGAAGUUGGAGAAGCAGCGCAAGGUCGAAGUUUACGCCGACGCCGACCAGAUCCUGCAGGAGGAGAUCAAAGAGUACCGGGCCCGCCUGACGUGCCCGUGCUGCAACGCGCGCAAGAAGGACGCGGUGCUGACCAAGUGCUUCCACGUCUUCUGCUUCGAGUGCGUCAAGAGCCGCUACGACACGCGGCAGAGGAAGUGCCCCAAGUGCAACGCCGCCUUCGGCGCGCACGACUUCCACCGCGUCUACAUCAGCUGAGCGGCCAACGGUCAACCGUGGUCAUCCAUGGUCAUCUUUGGUCAUUUGUGGUCAUUUGUGGUCAUCUUUGGUCAACCGUGGUCAUCUUUGGUCAACUGAGGUCAUCUAUGGUCAUCUGGGGUCAACUGGGUUCAUCCAAUGCCGCCUUCGGCGCGCACGACUUCCACCGCGUCUACAUCAGCUGAGCG